CCGCUUUAUUGGCGCUAGAUCCGGUCGGAUCUCGAAAACUCGGAAGUAUGUCUACCGGAGAACCGUCAACGACACCGUCUCCGGUGCCGCCGUUGUGGACAUCACGACUAAGGAUCUGUACGACAGGAUCGAGUUCCUGGAUGUUGACGGCGGCGCGUGGAAGCAAGGGUGGCAAGUGACUUACAAAGGGGAUGAAUGGGAGAAUGAGAAGCUGAAGGUGUUCGUCGUACCGCACUCGCAUAACGAUCCCGGAUGGAAGCUAACGGUGGAGGAGUACUACCAGAAGCAGUCGAGGCAUAUCCUUGACACCAUUGUUGAGACUUUAUCCAAGGAUCCUCGGAGGAAGUUUAUAUGGGAAGAGAUGUCCUAUCUGGAGAGAUGGUGGAGAGACACCUCUCCUAGUAAUCAAGAAGCGUUUGCUAACUUAGUGAGGAAUGGACAGUUGGAAAUUGUUGGAGGUGGCUGGGUAAUGAAUGAUGAGGCUAAUUCACAUUAUUUUUCCAUAAUUGAACAGAUUACGGAGGGGAAUAUGUGGCUGAACGACACGAUAGGGAUUAUCCCGAAGAAUUCCUGGGCAAUAGAUCCUUUUGGUUAUUCGUCGACCAUGGCUUAUCUCCUCCGCCGAAUGGGUUUUGAGAACAUGCUUAUUCAGAGGACCCAUUACGAGCUGAAGAAAGAACUCGCAAUGCAUAAGAAUUUGGAAUAUAUUUGGCGGCAGAGUUGGGAUGCCAAGGAAACAACGGAUAUUUUUGUUCAUAUGAUGCCGUUUUAUUCAUAUGAUAUCCCUCACACUUGUGGGCCAGAACCUGCAAUUUGCUGUCAGUUUGACUUUGCUCGGAUGCGGGGUUCUAAAAAUAUGUAUGAGCUAUGCCCCUGGGGAAAGCAUCCAGAAGAGACCACACAGGAAAAUGUCCAGGAGAGGGCAUUAAAGCUGCUCGAUCAAUACAGGAAAAAAUCAACACUUUAUCGUACAAAUACGCUUCUUGUUCCUCUUGGUGACGAUUUUCGGUACAUAAACAUUGAAGAAGCAGAGGUCCAGUUCGGCAACUACCAGUUGUUAUUUGAUUACAUCAACUCGAAUCCCAGUCUGAAUGCAGAGGCACAGUUUGGUACAUUGGAAGAUUAUUUCAGGACACUUCGGGAAGAGGCCGAUAGAAUCAAUUAUUCUCUUCCGGGUGAGAUUGGCUCCGGUCAGGUUAUUGGUUUCCCUUCUCUAUCUGGUGACUUCUUUACGUAUGCAGAUAGGCAACAGGAUUAUUGGAGUGGUUAUUACGUUUCAAGACCUUUCUUUAAAGCUGUUGAUCGUGUGCUGGAGCAUACCCUUCGAGCAGCUGAGAUCAUGAUGUCAUUUUUGCUCGGUUAUUGCCAUAGAGUUCAGUGUGAGAAAUUCCCGACAGGCUUUGCAUACAAGUUAACAGCUGCUAGAAGGAAUCUGGCUCUUUUCCAGCACCAUGAUGGGGUAACUGGGACUGCUAAGGAUCAUGUGGUACUAGAUUAUGGCACUCGGAUGCAUACUUCCUUACAGGACCUUCAGAUUUUUAUGUCUAAAGCAAUUGAAGUUCUUCUUGGGGUUCGCCAUGAGAAAGAAAAAUCCGAACAAGCCCCAUCAGUCUUUGAGGCAGAGCAAGUCAGAUCCAACUAUGACGCUCAGCCAGUGCACAAACCAAUUGCUGCCCGUGAAGGAAAUUCACACACAGUUAUCCUUUUUAACCCCCUAGAGCAGACGAGAGAGGAGGUAGUGAUGGUUGUAGUCAACCGUGCUGAAAUCUCUGUCGUGGACUCCAACUGGACUUGUGUCCCAAGCCAAAUUUCUCCUGAACUGCAGCAUGACAGAACCAAGCCAUUCACUGGCAGACAUCGCCUCUAUUGGAAAGCUUCAAUUCCGGCUCUGGGUUUGAGAACGUAUUACAUUGCUAACGGCAACAUCGGAUGUGAGAAAGCUAGACCAGCAAAGCUGAAAUAUGCUUCGGAGUCCGACCCAUUUCCUUGCCCCUCUCCGUAUUCUUGCUCCAAAAUGGACAGCAACGUGACUGAGAUCCAAAAUGAACAUCAUACUCUUGUGUUUGAUGUCAAGGAUGGACUACUGCAGAAAAUAGUGCAUAGAAAUGGAUCGGAGAAUGUGGUGCGAGAAGAGAUAGCUAUGUACUCUAGUCCGGGGAGUGGGGCUUACUUGUUCAAACCAAAUGGUGAAGCUGAACCAAUUGUUGAAGCUGGUGGUGGGCAUGUUGUGACCACUGAGGGCCCACUGGUGCAAGAAGUAUUCUCAUAUCCAAGGACCAAAUGGGAAAGAUCGCCCAUCUCACGUAGGACUCUUGUCUACAGUGGAGGUGAUACCCUUCAAGAUUUAGUGAUUGAGAUGGAGUAUCGUGUUGAGCUUCUUGGUCUGGAUUUCAAUGAUAAGGAACUGAUUGUUCGGUACAAGACCGAUGUUGACAACAAAAGGGUUUUCCAUUCUGAUCUAAACGGUUUCCAAAUGAGCCGUAGGGAAACCUAUGAUAAGAUCCCUCUCCAAGGGAACUACUAUCCAAUGCCUUCCCUUGCGUUCAUCCAAGGAUCCAAUGGCCAGAGGUUCUCAGUGCACUCUCGGCAGUCUCUAGGGGUUGCGAGCCUUAAAGAAGGAUGGUUGGAGAUUAUGCUUGACAGGCGGUUAGUACGCGAUGAUGGUCGUGGUCUGGGCCAAGGGGUGAUGGAUAACCGUGCAAUGAAUGUGGUUUUCCAUCUUCUUGUGGAGUCAACCAUCUCUCAUACCGACCUAAGCUCCAGCCCCCACCCGAAAACCCCAUCCCUUUUGUCUCAUGUCGUGGGUGCUCACUUGAACUAUCCCAUACACACUUUCAUUGCCAAAAAACCACAGGACAUAUCAGUGCGGGUUCCACAUUAUGGAUCAUUCGAGCCACUGGCCAAUCCUUUACCGUGUGACAUCCACAUAGUGAACCUCAAGGUUCCGCGGCCAUCAAAAUACUCUCAGCAACAGAUGGUUGAAGACCCUAGAUUCGCUCUGAUCCUGCAGAGGCGAGCUUGGGACGCAGCAUAUUGCCAUAAAGCCAGAGUAAACUGCACGAGCGUGGCUGAUGAACCUGUGAACCUGUCUGGCAUGUUCAAAGAUCUCGGAGUUUCAAAGGUAAGGCCGACUUCUCUGAAUCUGCUGCACGAAGACAUGGAGAUGCUUGGGUAUGAUGAUCAAGAGCUCCGAGAUGAUUCCCGGGAAGUACAUAUAUCGAUAUCCCCCAUGGAAAUACAGGCGUACAAGCUUGAGCUACAGCCUCCAAAGUGAAAACACAAAAAGAUAAAGACUGAAACAGACAUGCUGGCGUGGUGGUGCCAAUAUAAAAGACAACGACAAGAGCCACUUGCCAUGUACCGUUUCAAGGUUUGAGCGAAACCAAAGUGAACCGAUCCAAGCCAUUACUGCUUCUUGUUGGAACAAGAAAGACAUUGAAGUGCAGAAGAGGAGCGAAAGUACAUGAUGAACACACUGCCCUUGUAUCUAGAAAGCCACAGGAGGUAGAUGCUUUCAGUAGUUUGUCAUUGUUUUGACCAAAUUAUAUAAUCUCUGUGGUUAUUUUUCAAACCUAUAAUGUCAAUGUACUGUGUGGAGCACUAUCUCUGUAUGGUGAUUUAAUCGGGAGACAGUAUCCUGAUCCACGUAGAAUCGGGCUUGGAAGUGGGGAACAGAAACAUGGCUUGUGUCCCUCUGUGCUCUUAUUCCAUGUUUGUUGACACAUUCAUCUUAUAAAAAUAUCAUUUCUCAA